AUGUUUCCAGAACCAUUGAAAAAAGAAAUCAUAGAGACACAGAAAUUAACUAACAAAUCAUUUUGUGUAAACCUAAUUACUAUGCAUCCAAAGUUGAGUGAGUUGAUAGAUGUGUGCAUUGAAACGAAAGUGGGCCAUAUAGUGCUUGCUGGCGGAUUACCAACGAGGCCUAAUAUAGAAAAAAUCAAGAGUGCCGGCAUUAAAGUUAUGUGCUUUGCACCAGCAUUGAGCCUUGCGAAAAGGUUAGUAAAAAUGGGAGUAGAUGCGUUAAUAAUAGAGGGAAUGGAGGCAGGCGGGCACAUAGGGCCAGUUAGCAUUUAUGUUCUCGCACAAGAGAUAUUUCCUCAUUUUAGAAAUGAACAAAUAUCAGUACUCGUAUUUGUUGCAGGUGGAAUAGGAAGAGCCGCACGUAAUGCAAUACCUUCUGCACAGAUAAGUGCUGAUUUUCCUGUAAUUCCAGUAAGAGCUAUAGCCAACAAAGCAAGUGAUGAUUUUAUGAAGCAUCAAAAAAAAGUUAUUGAUGAAAACCAAAAGGGACAGAUCUCAAAAGAAGAUGGGCAGCUUGAAAUAGAAAAGUUCUGGGCUGGAGCUUUAAGAAGAGCAGUAAUUGACGGAGAUGUUGAAACGGGAUCUUUAAUGGCCGGUCAAAGUGUUGGCAUGGUUGAUAGGGAAAAGCCUGUAAAAGAAGUGAUAGACAUAUUAAUUCAACAGUCAAAUAAUUAUAUUGACAGCAAAUCUGUAGAAGUAGAAAACACAUUGGUUAGCAAAGCAAAUGGUGAUUAA